ACAAAGUCUCCUCUUUACUUUUCGUAUCCCAUAUAUCAAACACACAUUAGUUGCGUAAAUAUAUAUGGGGAACCGAAACAAAUCGAAUAUGCUGUCCAUUAUUAUGAUAAUCGUGCUGCUUUUGGAAUCGGCUUGUGGAUUUAUUAUCACAGUGGAUGCCCAUGAGACGAUGUGCUUCUACGACCACGCAAAUGUCAGUGAUAAGGUUACCAUAUCCUUUGAGGUGAUGGAGGGUGGCUUCAAGGAUGUGGGAGUUGAGAUUUCGGGACCUGAAGACGAUUGGCUUCACCACUCCGAACAGGAAACCUUGGGCAGCUUCACCUUCACGGCCUUGAAGGAUGGCCAAUACCAACUGUGCUUCAACAACGAGAUGUCCACACUGACUCCAAAGGUUCUCAUGUUCCAGUUUCACAUUGCCAGGGCUCUCGAAUACUACUCGGAUCCUUCGAAUCGCAAGGACGAUGUCCUCGAACAGGCGAAGGUUCAGGGAAUGGUCAACCAACUAUCCGCCGAAUUGGGAGCCGUGAAAAUCGAGCAGGAGUACAUGCACUUCCGAUAUCGUGGCCAUAUCCAUGUUAGCGACACGGUUCACUUUCGGGUUAUAGCUUGGUCUGUCUUUGGACCCAUGAUGCUCCUCAUUACUGCCUUAUUGGAGGUGUACUACCUAAGGCACUUCUUCGAGAUCAGGAAAGUGGUUUAAUUCAUGAAUCAAUAAUUAGUAAUGCUGAUAUAGAAUCAAAAUCAAACCUCUUGUCUGACAGUUUAAUUACCUUUGAUAUGAAUAAAAGCAAAACCUAAUCGCUGAA